AUGGCGACACUAGCAGAUAUUGGAGUAGCAGCUGGGAUUAACAUUCUAACUGCUUUGAUAUUCCUUUUGCUAUUUGCAAUCUUGAGGAUCCAACCAUUCAAUGAUAGGGUUUAUUUCCCCAAGUGGUACUUGAAAGGUCUUAGAAGCAGCCCUCUUGUGAACCCUGGUGCUUUAGUGAGCAAAAUUGUGAACUUGGAUUUUCGUUCUUACAUUCGGUUCUUGAGCUGGAUGCCCGCUGCGCUAAAGAUGCCAGAGUCUGAACUUAUUGAUCAUGCUGGUUUUGAUUCUGCUGUCUACUUGAGGAUUUACUUGAUUGGACUUAAGAUUUUUGUCCCAAUCGCAUUACUUUCAUGGUCGAUUCUGGUUCCCGUCAACUGGACCAGCAAUGGAUUGCAGCUAGCAAAACUUCAUGAUGUAAAAUCAAGCAACAUCGAUAAGCUUUCGAUAUCAAAUGUCGAGCGUGGAUCAGACAGGUUUUGGGCUCAUCUCAUGUUGGAGUACGCAUUUACAUUCUGGACUUGCUAUGUUCUAUUGAAGGAAUAUGAGAAAAUAGCUUCAAUGCGGUUAGCAUUUCUCCAAUCCGAGGAGCGACGGGCGGAUGAAUUCACGGAAUAUACCACCUCACACGAGUUAGUGAGUGAGAACGUGGAGCAAUUCUUUAUGGUUAACCACCCGGAUCAUUAUCUUAUGAAUCAGGUGGUUUACAAUGCAAAUAAAUUGGCUGGACUAGUAGCAGAGAAGAAAAAAAUGCAGAACUGGUUUGAUUACUACCAUUUGAAGUAUACAAGAGACAAGGAACAAAGACCAAGGGUUAAGUUAGGCUUUCUCGGGCUAUGGGGAAAGAAAGUAGAUGCAAUGGACCAUUUCACAGCUGAGAUCGAGAAACUAAGCGACCAAAUGAACCACAGAAUCCAUGGAAAGCGAGCCAGCGCAGUAGUAGGGGUUCCUAGCUUUUGUGCUCGGAGGAGUAGAUAG